GCAUCGCUCCCGCAGUACAUGUACAUUAAUUUUAUGUAUGGAAAGGACAGGAAAUGAGGCAUUACUGACUGCAAUUGCGUUGCUAUCAGACAGCAGCAGUGCUAGCGGGAAAUGCUAGUGCAGGCAAUGUGAAAAUCAAGCCUGCCAACGAAUUAGCCUCAUCCCACUUUUUACCCAGCCGGGACAGCGUUCUACAAGAUAGGCACGCCCAACAGUGCUGGGUUUCUGGAGAUCCAGCCUGACUGUGUACAGUCCAUAAUGAGCAUGCUGUCUGUCGGCAGCGACUCCCGUCGGCCCGGCGGCGUCCGGGCGUGCGUUCUACCGCUUCUCGUUUUCUUCGUGUUUGUCGUCGGUUAUCUCAUUGGCAGCUGGUCGUCGCCCCUUUCCACCAACCCUGUAUCUUACCGAUCACGAGAGCCCCAUGUUGAUGCAAAAUGGCAGAACGAGGAUUCACCCGGCAACCAACGAGCAAACUCAAGGAGUAAUCCCGUCCUGCCGAGGCCUACCGCGAACCCGAACGAUAAUUUCUCUAGAGACACUCAGCGCUCACGAGCGUCCGAUGUUGCCGUAAAAAAGAGCAAAAGAAAGGCAGAAAAGGUGAAGUCGGUCCACUUUCUACAGGACGUCACAACCUAUCUCGACGAAUUGGAGCCUAAUGCGAAUCGGUAUGUAGGUGAUGCUUCUCCCGAAUACAUUCACUCUGGGAAAUCAAAACUCCAUCCUGCCAAUCCUCGAGGAAGCACAGUGAAAACACGCCGGCAGCCUUCAGAGUACGAGAUUGUGGUGUCUCACUACAACGAGCCACUUGAUUGGUUGAAACCGUACGCUGAACAAGCGGGUCACGUGUACCAUAAAGGAUUGGACAAAGGUCCACCUUUCGACAUGUACAAGUGGGAAAAGUUACCCAACGUGGGCCGGGAAGCCCAUACCUAUCUUCACCACAUCAUAGAAAAUUACUACAGUCUCGCCGACGUGACCGUUUUCCUGCAAGGCCAUGGGCCCAGCCUGGACCAAACCUGGUGUUUCGCUGAUCCCAUGGAGUUCGUCUCGAAAGCCAAGAAGAAUAUUUUCUGCAAAAGGCAGGGCAGUUUCUCCGGCUGGGAUCGCAUCAACCACUUCGGCAAGUGGCUGAAGGCCUUGGGCUCUGGGGAAAUGCGUCCUGCUGACUUGACCGUGAGCGAAUUCUACACCGCCUUGUUUGGUUCCCAACCUCCCCUGGCAGUGCCCAGGUGUUUUGCCGGUUGCUUCUCUGCUACCAGGGAGAAUCUUCAACGGCACCCGCUGAAAUUUUACCAGAGGGCCAUUUCAUUCGUAAAUAAUCACAGCAAUCCGGAAGAGGCCCACUACUUCGAACGACUUUGGGCUGCCAUCAUCAACGUGAAGUGAUCCAUCCCACGAUCGUUGCUAUUAAAAGCUUCGAGCUACAGAAAGGUUUUCGUCAAGACUUUUGCCGUUAAAUUAAUGCAUCAUUUUCAAAUCAAACAAAACUUUUGACACACUCUAAAAGGUCGACAGUUGGGUAUCUUUUGGGUAAAUAAUUGGCAGAAUUUGAACGUGUUUCAAUAUAUUGAUUCAUUGAAUAUCUAAGGGAGGAUUUGGAUAUAAGUAAAGUUGCCAGUUUAUACUUUCGUAUGAUUACAACUUGUUUUUACAAGGCGGGCACCAUAGAGAGCCAUAUCUUGUGCAAGAAACUGUUACUAACUAUGAUCAUGUAAAACAAGAACAUUAUUCCAAAUAUUAAAUGGUGAUAAAAUUUAAACAUGGAAAAAACACAACUUAACUUGACCCGGUGUCACAGUUUUCUUUCAAAAGCAGUGCAAUAUUGACUUCACCCUACACAUGGAAAUUUAAACAGUAUUAAACAAACGUGCAGGCUUUUAUUUCCAUUCAGUGGCAAGAAAAGGGGUAAAAUACAGUUCAACCUGUUUUUGUGACGCUGUGAAUUGAGAAGUUGUCGCUGGUCACUUCUCUGUUCAUUUGAACUACACGGAGUACCAAGGGUGUAUUUUUGGGGAUGAUGAUAUUGGGGAAAAAUGAUUUUCUAACUAUCUUUAUCUUUUACCUACCCGUCAGCCUGUAAAAAAAGUGUGCAGUACCAUUUCUAAAGCGUCGGUGUGUUCAUUUGGAAAUAAAUGCCUUGUUAGUCAACUUAGUAGUAGAUAAGCAGAAAUUUAAGUACAUGAAGGUCGAAGUUUUAAAAGUAACAUGCACAUUGAAAGGCAAUUCCUUGAACUUUUUGACUUGAUUGAGAAGCAGUAGUCCUUGGUUUUGAUAACGUCACGCUUUGUUAAUGUUUACGCUUCCCACCUGACUCCUAUUGGAAAGCAUGCGUUGAAGCCAGGGGUUACGCCAUUCAUUCUAUCACAUUGAAAAGGUGAACUUACUCGUUGGAACCAAACUCUCUGUAGAUUUCUAUACAUUUUUGGAUAAUUUAUGCUGUUCCUAGAUGAGUACAGGCGGAGAUUAUUUUAACAAUUAUGGCAGAUACAUGUAUUUAUUACGUUCACUUCAAUAUAUUUAUUAUAAUACUUUUAUAAGUUGGCAUAAUUUUACGGCAUUCAUCAAUGGUAUAAAGCUAUUUGAUAUAUUUUUAUCACAUUUAAUAAUUAUUGUUACAAUUAAUUCACUUCUUGCCGGUUUGUGAAAUACAAGUAUUCUUCCUUUAAGUUUUAAUGGACAUAUCGAUUUUUCUAAACGUGCCGCUCCGAUUGCCAAGGAAAGAGUAAAGACGUGGCCUUGAAUGAUUGCAAAUACGUAGGAAACAGCUGAAAGUUUCGAGUUGCAGUUCUUGAAGCUGGUAUCGGACAUUCCUCCAUAGACCCAUCCAGAAAGUUACGACCCAACGCCUUUCGGGUCAUAUUUAACGUGCGUGCACGCGUUUAUAGCGCGUGGCUGGCACCUGCAUGCAUGGCACCGGGGGAAGGGGGACGUAAAUUGUCGGCGAGUCUGGAUACCAGACCAGAUGAUUCUGACGUCGAAACAAGGAUCCGGUAUCACCCACUGUCCACAAUACCCAAACCAGAGGAAUUCCUCCAUUUUCCGAAUAUAGCCGAAAUAUUCCGAACAUGUCCUAUCGACAUUCUGAUAGCAUUUGUCGAUGUUUGGAUAUUUAUGGCCAUGUAUGUACGCAUAUACAUUUCUUUUGCUUUUUGCCCACAUGCAACACAAUGUUGUUCCCUUUCUAAGGUUUUUUUUUUAGUUUUACAUGUUUUCGAAGUGACCGCCAACAUUAACAGCCUGCAUGUACAUCUAAAAAUAGGAUCUCGACCCUUGUGUCCGUUGACAUGUUGCGCCAUGAUCUAUUUAUAUCCGUGGGUGAUAUCUGAUCUAGGAUUUUAUCAAGAGUCGUCAGGGAACCUUUAAUCAGGGAACCAGAUUAAUUAUCUACUUGCGCAGAGGUUGGUGCUUGCUGGAUCUGUCUUUUGCCAAGUGGGGAUUUGUGUACUUUUCAGGUUUCCAAACUGCACCAUUGUGUUUAAUGGUAACAAUUAUUGAGGCUCACAAAUGAGUUUGAAGCGUCUUGGGGGAGAAUUACAAACCUGAUUAUUGAAACUGAAACCAUCCUGUGGCUUAUAUUGAUUGAACAUUUGCAGUGACGAUGCAGGUUUUAUUAUAAUUAAUAACUAAAAGGUGACAUGUUUAUGUUUGAUGUUUAUUACGGAAGUUCUAAGAGGAAUCUUGAAUUUGGAGUUUAGACAUUGGUUGAGGAAAUUGCAGAUACGGCUAACUGUCUGUGUAUUCUUGCUGCCGUUGAAAGACUGUAGUUGAAAAAAAAAGAGGGCAAAACGGGCCCUACAUGCACAGAAUGAGACCUUGGGUUUAUAAAUUUGGACAUAAUAAACAACAAGAAGCAUUGUUUUAAAGUACCUCCAGCGCUGUGGACUUAAUAUGCUAUCACCGGUGGUAGACCUAUAAGGAUAGAUUUUGGGCGACGCUUGAAUGCCAAAGUGAAUACGCCACGCGCACAAUGAUGUCUUAAGGCAUUAGUCUGAGAACCAGUGCGCAAACCAAUUUUCGCACGAAGUCCAUUUGUUUGCACUGCACUUUCUGGUGCACAGACGCCACUCUUCGCACUGUAUACGCCUAAUGGUUUCUCGACAACCGUAUCGUUUUUCACAUUACAAAUGGAAAUUAAUGCGUCAUACUCGCCCAAGCCAGUGCGCGCAUGCGCAUACGAAAGUUUCUCGUGAGCCUGAGGUGACAGCAGGUCGUAACUUGCUCCUCAUACUUGGCUUCGGCUUAUGCUGAGAUAACAUACCUUUUCUGGGUUAAAUUUGAAUUUAAUGUGGUACACUGAGUUCUUAAAUUCACAUGAACAUAAUUUGAAUUCUUCAUACUAAGGACACUGUUGGUAUACCACGUGAUUCGGGGUGAGCUUUUGCUUAGCUACAGAAGAGACGAUUUGCAGCAAUUUCGCACACUGUUUUCAAUGGAUAAGAAGUGCACAAAGGAACCAGUCCAUUCCAGAAAUAAUUGUCGCUGUGCAAAAGGCUUGGCCCGAAUCAGAAGACAUAGCAACAGUGUCUUUAGUCUGGAGAAAUUUAAGUUGUGAGAGACUUAAGCCAAAUUUAAAGAAAUGAUUUACAGGCUCCCCUUCGGAUGCACCAUUGUGGUGGAAGGAAACUGCCGGUAUUCCCCAUUGCUAUGUUAUGCACAUCUUAUGCACUAGUCAUCAUAUUUUAAGAAAGUUUUUCUUAAGUCACUUAAUGGGACAAGGCAAGUGGACAAUUUUGUCCAAUAGUUGGUUGAACGAAAAUAACGAAAAUGUUUCCUUAUGAAUAAAAAAUGGAAGGAAUUAUUAUUCCUA